ACCUGGGCAGUCGCCUCCUUCUCUCCCUCCCUCCCUCCCGGAGCCGGUCGCUUCGGCAGAGAGGGAGCGGAGCUCGCCUUGCCCUUCCCCAGGGAAACUUUCCGUGCCAGGGCGACCUGGGCAACGUUGGUCGCAAACUUGUGGGAGAGGACCCAGGCUUCGCGCAGGGCUGUCAGCCGGGGAGCGGGCGAGUGCCAAGAGAGAAGAGGGAGUGAUAACAAACCGUCCGUUCAAAAAGAUUUCUUACACACCAAUAUGAUUUCUGCGGAUACCAAAGCUUAAAGCACAGUAUCAAUCUCAUCAUGAUGCUUGAACAUUUAUAGCUAACAACAGGAUUUUAAAAAGAAAUCCAGCAUGGCUUAGUUGGCUUGACCUUUGGAAAAUUUAUAAUGUCCUCUGGAACCAGGAUCAGCAGAAAUCGGCAGGCUCCGAGCCUGCAGGAUGUUGACCCAGAAACAUGCAUGAUAGUGUUUAGAACACACUGGGCACAGGUUCUGAAAAUCUUAGAGAAGCAUGAUCCUUUGAAAAACACUCAGGCAAAGUACGGGGCGAUUUCACCUGAUGAGGCCAGCACUGUUCAGAAUUAUGUGGAGCACAUGCUUUUCUUAUUAAUUGAGGAGCAAGCAAAGGAUGCCUCAAUGGGGCCUAUUCUGGAGUUCGUGGUCUCCGAAAACAUCAUGGAGAAGCUUUUUCUUUGGAGCCUACGGCGAGAGUUCACCGAUGAGACAAAAAUUGAGCAACUCAAAAUGUAUGAAAUGCUAGUUACCCAGUCUCAUCAGCCUUUGCUGCAUCACAAGCCCAUCUUGAAGCCUUUGAUGAUGUUGCUGAGUUCCUGCUCAGGAACAGCCACUUCAACAGUGGAAACAGAAUUGGUUAUUCUCUUGAACCAGCUUUGCUCUAUAAUAGCCAAAGAUCCAUCCAUUUUAGAACUGUUUUUUCACACCAGUGAAGACCAAGGAGCCGCCAAUUUCCUCAUAUUUUCCUUGCUGAUUCCCUUCAUCCAUCGAGAAGGAACCGUAGGCCAACAGGCCCGUGAUGCGCUGCUUUUCAUAAUGUCUCUGUCUGCAGAAAACAACCUUGUUGCAAACCACAUAGCAGAAAACACCUAUUUUUGCCCAGUGCUUGCAACAGGACUAAGUGGCCUCUAUUCAUCUUUGCCUACGAAGCUGGAAGAAAAAGGAGAAGAGUGGCACUGCCUGCUGAAAGAUGACUGGCUCUUGUCACCAGCUCUUGUACAAUUCAUGAAUUCCCUUGAAUUCUGCAAUGCUGUGAUACAGGUGGCACAUCCCUUGAUACGUAACCAGCUUGUGAAUUACAUUUACAAUGGAUUUUUGGUGCCAGUAAUGGCUCCUGCACUCCAUAAGGUGACUGUGGAAGAAGUGAUGACUACUACUGCAUACCUGGAUCUCUUUUUGCGUAGUGUUUCAGAGCCAGCCCUCCUCAAGAUUUUCCUCCGUUUCAUUUUGUUGCACCGACAUGAGAAUGUGCAUAUCCUAGAUACGCUUACCAGCCGAAUCAACACACCAUUCCGGCUCUGUGUGGUCUCCUUGGCAUUGUUCAGAACGCUCAUUGGCUUGCAUUGUGAAGAUGUGAUGUUACAGCUAGUUUUAAGGUAUCUGAUUCCAUGUAACCACAUGAUGUUGAGCCAGCGCUGGGCUGUGAAAGAGAGAGACUGUUACUCUGUAUCUGCUGCAAAACUACUGGCCCUGACACCAGUCUGCUGCUCCACUGGGAUCACACUGACACUUGAAAGCCAAGGAAAAGAUUUUAUUCUAUGGACAAAAGGAGCACAGACAAAAGAUUCUACUAGAUGCUCUUCUGAAUCUGCUUGCAUUGUGGAAUAUGGAAGAGCUGUGGACAUCAGCUACUUGCAGUACCUGGGAGAAGCUCAAGAAGCCAUCCUCCAGUGCCUGAAAGAUUGUAAGGUCUGGUCUGCCUUGUAUGAUGGAGUGAACCCUGAUCCAGACACCUUUAUCCAAACGCUUGCCGAGGAGAACAGUACAGAUGUGGAACACCCCAUGUUUCAGCUCCAGCAAAGGACACCUAGCAUGUGUAGCUCCUCUCAAGUAACUCCAUUUGGUGAGAAGAUGCAGUUGGAGCUAGAAUGGGAUGAUAGCUAUGACACAGGGAUUUCUCCUGGUUCUGAUGUGAGCUCACCACAACCAUAUGAUGAUAAGGGAAGCACAGAGAUGCAGCCACCUGCAGAGCCACCAAAACACAUUCAAGAAUUGAAAAGAAGUGCCAUCAUGCUUGUCAAAGGAUCUUACAUAGAGGAAUCAGACUUUCAGGAUGAUGUUAUAGUUUACAGGUUAUGUGCCCAGAAGGAUACUCAAGAUGAUAACAGCUCUAAGGAGAAAACUUCAAAUGCAGCCAGAGAACGUGAGAUUCAAAGCCAGACUGUAGUCAAUGGGCCUCUUGCAAAGUGCCAGCUGGAAAUGGACUUGGAUGAGCACAGUAAGAGAAAUUCAAGCUUGACUCAAGGUGUAAUGAAAGAGCAAAUAAACCAGAAAAUGAUUGAGAUUGAUCCACAGCCAGACUUGGAGUUGAAACUUUCUCCCCAGGAGGCAGAUCGUAACUUAAGUGUAAGACUGCUGAGCACAGAUGGUGAGGAUUUCAUUGCACAGUAUGACAAAAUUAUUAAGGAACUGGAUCCAAACAGUGCAAGCUUGGAGGAGCAGAAGUUGGAUACUCCUGACCCUGUCUCUCCUGUAGAAGAGGAGGAGGACUUUGAGAAUUUCUCAGCAGACACCCCUUCUACAGAGAGCAUGUCAUCCCCCUUUGGACCAAAGGAGAAUGGCUCUCCCAAGCAUGCUGCGAGGAGCCAGAGCGCUCCAUUUACAGGACCAUUCAUCAGCGUAGUGUUGUCGAAGCUGGAGAACAUGCUGGAGAAUUCCUUGCAUGUAAAUUUGAUGCUUAUUGGGGUUAUUACUCAGCUGGCAAGUUACCCGCAGCCUCUUCUUCGCUCCUUUCUCCUCAACACCAACAUGGUGUUUCAGCCUAGCGUGCGGUCACUUUAUCAGGUGCUGGCAUCUGUGAAAAACAAAAUUGAACAUUUUGCUUCCAUUGAAAAAGACUUCCCAGGUCUUCUCCUGGAGGCCCAGCAGUACUUGCUGUUUCGUGUGGACACGUCUGAUGCUGCAGAAGAAUUGCUAACCAAAGGUAACGUCCAGUACAGCAGCAACACAGGGAAAGGAAGGAACCUCUCUGAAGCUUACCCGGCUGUGCUCCAGCCUUUCCUGGGACAGAAAGGAAGGAGAGGCCUGGCUCAUCCCGGCCUUCCCGCGCACGUGAGGAAUGCCGUGCUCGCAGCUGCCCUUUUCCCGGAGUUCCUGAAGGAGCUGGCAGCUCUUGCCCAGGAACAUUCCAUUUUAUGUUACAAAAUACUGGGGGAUUUUGAGGAUUAUUAUUAGUGGGGUUUUAAAAUGUGUUUUAAGAAAGCUUUUGGAGUUUAACCAGGUUUUUAAUGCAAAGCUGCUUACAAGAGAAGGUUGUACUUCAAUAUUUCCUGAACAUACUUGAUUUGGAGGGGGGAGGAGGCGGCAAAAUGUUAUUCCACAUUACCUUGCAUUAGGCCUUAUAAUUUCCCUCUGUGCUACAUAACUUAUUUGAGAGAUUUCUGAUACUGCUCUUACUGCAGCUUCCUACUUCAUCUCCUCCUCUUUACACAGCCACCUUUCUGUAGCGUCACUGACGCCGGUUGAAUUUCUGCACUAGACACUUGUGGGGUGGCUCGGAGAGACAAACGUUUUAACUUUUUCUGCUCUGGUGAACUUGUUAGAAGACAGUUUGCUUAGAAAAACACUGCCCCGUGGGGACGGUUCAGAGUAUAAAAAUACACACAAAAUCUGCACAAACCCCCUUUUCUGUGGUGGGUUGUGCUUCCACCUUUCCCUUCCUUUUCCCUGAAAUGUGGUUCUUCCCAAUCCACAUCCGAAACCCUCUUUUUAACUAGCAGCUCAGGUUUUUUGAAUUCAAGUGAUCUUAUGUGUAUUAAGCCCACGACUAGCCGAAAGCAGGUGCUGGACCCUACACAUACCAUAUUGCCUUAUGUCGCAGACAGAUCCGCAGCGAUCAGCUGUUGGCCUUUGAAGUCAAAUGGGCUGUGUAAGUGGAUGGGGAUUGCAGACUGCCUGGAAUUUUCCUUGCGGUUUCUCAGCAUUCUUUGAUAACUACUGCAUUGCUACCUAAACUUGCAAGCAUGCCUUAUGUAGUAAGAUUUGCACAAAGUACAAAAGAAAGUGUUUCUAUGCAAGCUGUAAUUUGUAUGUAGUUCGUUUUUAUGCUUAUUUUAAAUAAGCUAAAGAAAGGUAUUUGAUAUCUUUCCGUAGUAUUAAAAGGACAGCAGGCUGUUUUUGUCGUUUGUUUGUUUGUUUUUAAUGAAAAAGGUUGGCUUGUUCCUGAAAGCUGUUCUGUUUUAUUGUUAAUAUUUUUGGUUAAGGGAAAGUUAAAUACUGUUCGUUUACUUUUAAUUUAGGUGUUGACUUUUCCUAAUAUUGCACUUUGGGAAGGGUGAGGGAAGGACCAGACUAUCCACCAGCUGUAGCAAAGGAAGGAGUAACAGGGAAAGCUGUCUGCUGGUGACUAACUGCUUGAGAAAAUUCUCUUCUGUGAGUAAUGGGCUUCAUUAGAAGAACCCAAACAUGAUGAAUUGGUGCAUCACCACUGCAUUUUGUCUUAUCUUAGUAGCAUAAUUGUGCUUCCCGUGUGCUGUACGUGGCUACAUAAAGAGGGGCUUACUUCAGGAAAGCAUUAAACCCCUUUGUCCAGGAAAGAAACUAACAGUGACUCCAGGAAAUCUGAAGAAACAGAAGUCAGAAGGAACGCUUGCAUACAUUAGUUCUCCCCCUCAUUGUAAUUCGGCAACGUGGGAUGCUCCAGUUAAUCGCAUCCUGAUUUUGAAAUACACUUCCUUGGAGGUUGCAAGGGAAAAGAACACUUUAAAAACAGAAAACAGAGACGCUCCAGAAGAGUCUGAUUAAUUACAUGGCAAGUUCCCGUGGAAUUUGCAGUGCAAAUUUCAGCUCCUAAAUCCUUUGGAUGCUUCUGGAAAAGUUGUACCUUUAAUCUACAAGCUGUGAGACUCAUUCGUUGUGUCAGACUGCUGUAGGCUAUUCCAAGGGAAAAAAAAAAUCCCAGGUGUACUGCUAACAGAAUCACCUGAAGAACUUCUCUGGGCCCGUCUUCACUUGUUUGCUGUGGAGUCUUCACUUCCACGAUGGCUGGGGGUCGUGUUGCUUCCUAGCUGACUCGGGUUUGCUUUCACUUCUAACUUGUUUAUUCUUUUAGGCACCAUUGCUUUGCCAUCCUGUAAAUCACCUAUUGACCUCCACAUGCUCCUGCUUCCUUGCAGCUGAAGCCAAGGCUGUGGGUUUUCUCUUAAAUCUCAGUUGUCCAGGUUUGAGAGCUCUUUUUCUAUUUUUCCACUGCACUGUUGUUGUAAAUGGGUGAUGAGCGAAUUAAGGUGAUUUUUUUUUUUUUUUUUUUAAAAAAAAACAACUCUUCCUAGAACAUGGUGGGUCCUUUCCCCACUCCCCUGUUCCCACUCCCACUAUUACCGGUAGUGCUGUCUUUCAUGCUGUGCUCACAGGCCUGGCCUGAAGGGGUUCAGCAGCGUGUGCGUGGAAAGUGUUUUAUCACUGUGGAUGCAGGGUCAUCCUCCUGCUUGCUCUGCUUCUCAUCUCUUCAGGUGGGAACUUUGUGGGAGCAAAAGAAGUACCACCAAGUGAGUGUGAUGAGCUAACGUUUAGGGGUUCAGAAACAAGUGCUAAAAAGCAGAAGUAAGCUGAUCCUUUUUCUGAAGGGCUUCUUUUAAAAAGGAAUGACAAAUAAUACUUAUUUUCUUUUAAAUAAAGAAUUCUGCAGACCAGUGCUCAAGGCAGUAAAGUUACUUUGCAAACACUCCCUUCCCAUGUUUUUAUUCUAAAAUAAGAAUCCUUGUUUGCUGGAUAGAGAAGGGAUUUCUUUUGAGAUUGUUAACGUGAACUGGUGCUUUCAACAAAUGCACAAAGUCACGGCAAUUUCAUCUCAGCAGGCCUGUUAAGCUACACGGGGGAUUUUCAAAUGUGGACUGCUCAAAAAAAGCAUCUGUAAAUUUGGGGAAGGGGAGGAUUUUUCUCAUAAGCUGUAGUAGAGCUUAUGCUCUACAUCCAGUUGGAUAAAUUCAACCUUUGAAAUCUGGAGUCGGGUGGAAAACUUCUUGCUGAAAGGUCAGAACUGGGUGCGUGCUCAGUGUCCCCUUGUAAACGGGAAAUCUGUCAGUCAGUGCCCCGAAAGGAAGAGGUGGACGAGUGCAGGGACCCUGGCUCAGGACUCUCAAACUGGCGAUCGCACCUGUACCUUUACUGCUUGGUUCCUGAGUGGGAUCAGACUUGCAGUUAUAUCUUAACUGUGAUGGUAGCAUAACGCCCAGCGCCCUGCCCAGGGGAAAAAAAAAAAAAAAAAAUAUAUAUAUAUAUAUUGGCAGGAAUUGCAUCUUCCUGUCUGCAAAAUGCAGAACCUGUGAUGUAGCUUGAAAAUGUCACUCUUUUGAGAUCAGUCACCUCUGCGUGCGUAAGUUCUUCAGCCAAAUGUGUCUUAAAUUAAGCUUCUUCCCUCCAGUCAGCUGACGUGUUAGCCCGUCUCUCGCCAGUGAUGCAUCUUUUUCCGAAACACGCCAGCCAGCUGUGGUCCAAGCUGUGAUGCAGCUGGUAGCCCCCAGAGGCCACGACUUUAUGCCGCCCUUUCCAAGAGUAAGGAAGUGCUCUGUGGUCUGGGUUCUCCCCACGCUCACGUGUGGGUGUGACUAGAGCUGUCCCCUCUUUGGCGCGUUGUCUCAGCAUCAGUCACGACUGAAGUGUCCUGGGCUUGGCAGAUCUAUCCUGAAACCUGCAGGUGGUGGCUGAGUGAUACCAAAGUUAAUUUCCAGUCUCCUGCUAGAUGUUUCAAACUGUGACUGCCACAUUGCCAGUGACAUAGCCGUUGAGUGUGUUUUUAAGCUGUUCUGCUGUAGCAAGGAAUCUUUCUGGCAAUUUCAACCUGCUAUUUUUUCCUUGCAACUUACCUAUAAGGUGAAUACUUGGUCUUAGAACAAUUGUAGUUCUUUUUUUACCACUGACCAUUUUUGGAUGCCCUGUGGGUUAGUCUCAGCACACACACACACGCACAUGGUUUGUAUUAAUUGGGCUCACACACUCGGCAACUUUCAGGCAAAACAGCAUCACCCUUUGCACACGCUGGUCUUUCACCACGGACAGUCAGUCGCAAUGCACGUGCUGUGCUGUUGGCCCUACUCGCUGCCUUUUUUAUUACUGUAUUCUAGGCAUUUUUCUUGAGUUUGACCUUUUCUGUGCGUGCUCUAAAGAAAAACACGGAAUUUCAAAAGAGAUCAAGUUGUUGGUGUUGCAGUUUCGGAUGGGAAAGACGCGCUGCCGCCUUUGUCCUGGUAACUCCUGACCUUGGUUCGGACGAACAGGGAUGAGAGCUGCCCUUCUCAGCUGUAUUCCGCAGAGGUGAGAAAAUUCCCAGUAGCGGGCCCGGGCCGUCCCUGCCACCAGCACACCCAGCUAGAUCCUUCAGAAGGUCCAGUUCAUACAUCGCUUAUUUCCCCUCCCACCGGGGUUUGUCACUUUGUCAAAAGCCGGAUGAAUUCGGUGGUGUCGUGCUGCCGUACCCGCUGGGCACAUCGGCCUUUCAGGUGGGAUUUGAGCUUUUGGGGAGAAUCGGUCCCUUUCCCGGGAUGGGACAACCCACGGUGUGACCGGGGCAGCCCUCGGCCACGGGCAGGGCCCGAGCGUGGGGCUGGGGACAGGCCUGGAGAGACAGGCAGCCCGCGCAGCGUUCUUGCCACCAGCGCCGCUCUAAUUGCUCUUUGGCCCGGGGCACAGUGCCUAAGCGGUCUGUUCGCUCCUUCAGAGAAAAACAUUUGCACACAAACUUAUUGCAUCCCGCAGAGUCCAAGGGUUUGAGUUCAAGAGGUUAAGUUCUAUUUACCAAGAGCAGUAUUCCACCUAGCACAGCGCGUACGCGUUCUCUACCCGCCUGUGCACUCCGCUCCUGCCUCACAGAAGGUUUCGUGCUUCAGGAGGGUUUUUUAGCUCCUCUAAAAAGCUCUGAAAUCUCGGGAAGAAAAGGAUGAGUGCGGUGUGAUUUGGCGCAGUUAAAUUAUGUCGUCGUAUCAUCUGAAUUUGUAGCCACAGCUCCCGUUUGAGGGCAGCUUGAUUUAAUAAGCAAUUUACUGUGCUGUAUUUACCGAAAUUGCUGUGUCACGCCUGCAGUUUUUACGGCGGCUGCUAUUACAUUUGUAACAUUUAAACUGCAUCUGCGGUUACGAGUGCAAUACUGGGAUUUUCCUCUUUCUUUUCUUUUAACUCCGGCUAGAUUUGGCACAGUAAUGUUGUUGCUGUGUGCAGAUCUGACUUCGGUAAGUACAGAACGUUCUUCCUUGCACCUUUUGAGCAUUAUCAGCAGAAAGGGAGGCUACGUGACACUCUGGCUCCUUAGGUUAAUGAGCAAACCAGAGGUAAGACACCGCAGAUUAGCAGGGGGCACUUGCCUGUGCGUGAAAUGCAGAAAGAAUUUACGCUUGCGUCGUUCUGAUUUACGGGGGACCAGAAAGAAAAAGUUCAUAGCAAACUUGAAAAAUUAGUGCGUGUCCUCUGGUAACUGUCUGAGUGGAUAGCACUGCUACGUAAUGUUUUGGGCCAGAAGUGUGCGAAGGAGGGGAAAAAUUGCUCCUUGUUAACGUGGUGUCUGACUUGCAUAAAUAGGUAUUCAGCUAUUCCGAGCGCAGCCAGCCACAGAAUGCAACACUAUUUUAGUGACUUGGUUGGCGGUGAAAGCCUAGCUCUGACUAAAUGUACUUUAUUUUUUAGGGGGCCCCCAGCUUUCCUAAACAUGUUGUGGCCCAGCAUCAACGUACUCCAUUUGUUGUUCUAUGCCUAGUUGGAAGCCUUUGAGUUAUGGACAGGAGCAUUACUUGGAUUCUCAAAUGUAUAGGUACUUAAAGUGGUGUUUUGUUGCUGACUCUGCAGAUCUUCUUUUUGUUCAUUGAUUAUAAUGGUCCCUGUGUGGCAGCUGGAUUAAAUUAAGACUGAAGUCUCUGGGCUAAAAGCCCUGAUGGAACUUUUGUGCAAAGGCUGCAUUUCUCAACCGAAUAACUUUCUCUGGAGCUUCACCAGGCUGCCCGCCUACAAGCACGUAUUAGGGACUAGAUGCCUGCAAACUUACUUUUCUGAUGAAGCCGAUACCGCAGCAGCUGUGUUUUAUUGCCAUCUUUAAAAACAACUAGCUUGGAUUUAAACCAAAAAAUAACACGUAUGAGUCAAAUCCAAGGCAGCUAAACUCUGUCCAGCCCAGUGCUGCUGUGUCAGUUUGCCCAGAGCUCGGACGAAAUGCCGUCUCGUCCGCGAAGGAGGUGCCCACGGCUGUGGGCCUCCCUAUCCCUUGUGGCAGCUUGAGCCAAGGACCUGUGUCUCUCGAGGUGCUUCUCGGUGUCCAAAUGCAGCUUGGGUGCUGGAAGCUCUGACUAGUGUCUGUCGUAAAAUUCCAGAGUCAUAACAUCGGGUUUUGAGCUUCAGUGUAAAAAAAAUCUAGCAGCCUCUAAAACCAGUCUGAAAAUGUGGCGCCUCAAGCUCUAGAAGCGAGAAGGUAAAAUACAACUUCCUGAUGGUUAUGCCUGCUUGGUGGGUGUAAAUGCUUUAGAUGAUUAAAGCUGUGGCUGUUGCGACCGGGUGUCAGGAGAACUUUUGCUUUGGGCUUACACAAAAUGCCUGUGCACGGAGGAAGCGUUCCCUUCGGUCAAACUGCUGGCCUUCAAGCGCCCGUGUGAGGAUUAGCUCAUGGUGGUACAACCUCUGCAGCUCUAGUACUGAACCCGGCUCCAGGCCUUUCUCCGCAGGCUGCGAUGACAAAGCACUGGAUGUGGUGUGAAAUAAUUGGCUGCCUCUGUGCGUGUUGGGGUAACGUGGGGUCUGGCACAGCUGUCACCAGUCUUCUUUUUUUUUUUGGGGGGGUGGGGGUGGGUAGAAGAGCCGGUAGGUGAGCUGGAGUCAUUUGCAAGUUGGACCUCACACACAGCUAAAGGGGAGGGAAAGCGAAGGCGGGGGGCCUUCUCCACCUGUAGGUACAACUGGGCAGCAAACGCUGCAGCCUGGGAAAUGCCUGUGCACCCUGUGGCAGAUCUUAAGGGUCUGGGGCUAGGGGAGGAGGAGGAGUCGGCCAGUGCUCGUUAGCACCAUGCCCAGCUGUGUUGCUCACUAAACUCGACCUUCUUUUGCGUAUUUGUUGCCUCAUAGCAGCAGCACGGGAGCAUUUCUGUAGGCUUGCUUUAUUGCAUUUAAAAUUCAGGCUGUACAGCCUGACGUGGGGUGAGUGGUGGGAGCAGCAUUCCUGGUGGGUUUGCGUUCCUGCUCCGGUUGUUCCUGAUUACUGACCUCGGCCCAGGGGCUCUCCUAGAUGGAGUUUAAAUUUGCCAUCGCAAUGGGCAGAAAAAGGUGCAGCAAAUUACAGGGCAUGACAACCUAGGAGUUUCUAUUUUAUUGCCUACUUCACACUGUUUAGCAAUAGAAUUCUCUCUCGAUAGAUACAUACACAUAUAUGUUACCUGAAAGUUUGCAGCUUCGGAGGGGACAGGGACAACUUGCAUUCAACAGCCAACUCGGUGCAGGUCAGUAAAUCUUGACCUCCUGUCUGCUAUAACUUGGUUUUCUAUGGCCAUUAUGUGAAGCAGAAGCCAAUGAACUUUGGAGUAUUUGUAAACAGCACUUGCAAGGAAGAUGCAGGCAGAAAGGGCAGAAAGACCAGCAGCAUGCUAUUCCAUCUUCUCCCUCACCGGGUUUGAGAAGAGAGUUGAGUGAAAACUCAAUGUGUUUUUCUUUACGUGAAAAAAACCAAACACUCUCCAGUUUGAGCGUACACACAAAGCCAUAAAUCACUGAGAAGGUGCUGCCGAGGUCAGUGGUUGUGAAAGUGUGUAGGUAGAGGGGGGCUCAGAACAGAAACGAGAACGUGACACUACACUGACACCACGCCGCAGAAGUGGAGUGGAAAGGGGCCGCAGUGAAAUUGCAGUGUGAAUACUCUAGCUGUCAAUUUUUUAGUUAAGGUUCCUAUCAUAUGCUUCUAUUUUUAACACAGUUAAAAUUAAACUCUGCAGCCAAGGCUGAGCGCGAGAGAUUCUUUCUUCGUUACUUCAGCAUUGCCAGCAUCUUUUUAGACAACUUUCUUCUCUUCUGCAGCCUCAGACACGGGACACUUCAGCUCUACAGGACAGUCAGUAUCAUCUCUCCACCCUCAGGAGGGCCCUCCUAAAGGACUUCAGCGACAAGUAGAUGAGAUUGUCGUGACAGGGUCUGGUGUCAGCUUUUAAUUUGUGAGCAUUUUCCUUGGCCCUCCGUUCGUGGAUGGUUACUGCUGAAAAUCUGCAUGAAACUGUCCUUAAUUCACCCCGCCUAAUGCUGUUGCACAGAUGGCAUCUGCAAGCAGUAGAGCAGGGAGCACGGCUGUAGCUAAAUAAGACUCGCAAGCUGGGGUCAAAGCCUCAGUCUUAAUUCUGGAGUUCCUAGCCUCAAUGCAACCACACUUAAAAACAGCCUCCUGGGCUGCAGCAUGCUCCGACGUGGAUCACUACAGAGCCAGGCUCUGCCUUCUACCUCGCAGCCCCACCCGUCCCAUGGGGGUUUUUUGCCUUUACAAUAGCAGAUACUAAAUUCCUUGAGGCUGCUGCUUCUGUCUUUUAAUACGCUCCGUCGACUGCUGCUAUGCAAAUAUAGACCAAAGCUUUUCUGCGUGGUAGGGAGUCCACUUGUGGCGUAUUUAGAAUUUGCCUUUAGCUCCACUUAGGACAGAGAAAGGUGGUGGCUGUACUCAGGCUGCUGUAUCAGGGCAAAAAAGAUCUGGUGUUUUGGUUGUGUUGGUUCCAUCUAAAUGCUGGAAGGUGACUGGUGAGCUCCCUAACGCGGCUGCCGGAGCGGGGUUAGCUGGCCCUGCUGAGCCUUCUCGGCGCUGCCAGUGCCGGCCUAGCACGGGCCCUGCCACUGCCAGCUGCUGCUGCUGCUGCUGCUGUGAAGCUGGUAGCAGGUAUGUUAAAAUGUUAAAUUUUAACAUUUAACCUGUUAAAUGUUAAACAUCCACAAAUGUUAAAAACAUUUAUCGUCUUGUUCUCAUUUGAGUCAAACCACUUUUCUCUGUCAGAAAGAAAUUUACAUUUUGUGUGUGUCUGCAAAAGAUUUCUUUGAAAAUUUUAGAAGUGACUCUUUUGUACUAUAUUACAAAAUUAUAGACUAUAGCUGCUCUUUCCCCUCCCUACAAGGGGAAUAAUAUUACAAUUAUCCCAUUUUAGUCUUCCUUGUUACCCGUUAUGUCUGGCAGGUGAAGGUAAAAAUAAAUUGAGAUUUAUAGUAUAUCACAGAACGGUUUGGGUUGGAAGGGGCCUUAA